CAAGUAGUCCGUCUGGCUUUCCCGUUUGGUUUUUCCUCUUCCAAACUCAUCUCCCACUUCGUCCCGCUCCUCCUCUGUCCUCUCCUCCUCUCUGCUCCGCCGGGAGAUCCCAACUCAAAUCCUCCUCCGCAACCGCUCCCCGGAACCCUAGAAACUUGCCCCCUCGCCGCCGUUGCUCCCUCCCGUCCCCUCCGAGGCUCUGCUCACGGUUCCAGACGCUCUUUGCUGGGCAUAUGCGGUAGCCGCCGCGCGUGCCGGAAGAUGCCCUACCAGGACGGCGCCGGCGCCGCCCGGACGCCGGCCCCGCGCAAGCGCCGUGCCUCGGGGGAACUGCCCUCCUCCGAGCUCGUCGUCACCUACAAGCGCCGCCGCACGGCCACCCGCGGCGCCAGCUCCGACCCCGGAACCCCUUGCGCCACCAUGGUGGCGUGCAGCGGCAAUUCUUGCCAAGAUGGGCAGCAGAUGCUGGCCAGCCAUUGGACUACUUGGAGGGACACAUUGGAGGGCUUCCUGGAAUCCCCAGGUGUAAAUAAGGGUGGGGGGAUUCAGAGCUGCAUCCGUGAUGCGCUCAGAUACAACUGCUGUCAACCGGUGCAGCAGUGUAUCCUAGGCGAGGGCCAACGAGCAUCGGCGGCAGAUGCUAAAGAGAUUGGUUCCUCUGUGGCAUUAAAAGAUGCAACUGAAGCAUCUUUCGAUGCCAACACAGCAAUGUGCAACAAUGCUCUCCUUGACAUUUUAGUCUCGGAGAAGUUUGCGUUGUUGUGUGAUUUGCUAGUCAAAACUUUCCAUGUAAAUAAGGUUCAUCAGGUCAUCGACUUGGUGAAAAUUGACACCAACAUGAGAAAUGGAAAUUAUGCACAGCAGCCGGAGCUGUUCAAUGACGACAUCCAGCAGAUAUGGGAGAAGUUUGAACAAGCUGGCCGAGAGAUGUCAAUUCUGGCGAGCAAUCUUCCAGUCAUUUCACGAGCUUCCUAUCAAAAGCAAGCUUCUGGGGUUUCUGAAGUAGAGUUUCCUGCUGAGCACAGGAUAGAAGAAACAAGUUUGGUGGGUGCCAUCCACAAAAUCCCAAAGGAUUCAAAUACCACUAUGCAGUUCUCCCCAUGUGAUUCUGGUCACUCUACAAUGCCAAAGCCAACUGCGAAAUGUGGGCUUGGUCGAGUUUGCACUUGCAAGCAAUGUGGGACCAGUGCAGAAGAAGAAAAAAGCCUAAUCUGUGAUGGAUGUGAUACCACGUACCAUUUUGACUGUGUCAAGCGACUCCAUCCUGCCAUGAAACAGAUCCCAGCGACCUGGCACUGUCCUGACUGCAGCAAUAAGGGAAAGGGGCUGGCUUCAGGCACCAAGAAUAAUAAUGCCCACCAUGACAGCUUGCAUGGUGAUUGUCCACUGUGUGACAAGCUCGAGGUCGUCGAGAAAACAGAACCUCCUGAAGUCGCCAGCGGAAUUGAGGUAGCAGAAGAGAGAGAGGGGAGCUCGGUGCCAAGCGUGGAGGAAGACAACGAGCCGGACCUGUACACGACCGCCCUGUCCAAGCUGUGCAAGCACUGUGGCACGUGCGAGGACGAUGACAAGCAGUUCAUAGUGUGCGGCCACCCUUACUGCCCUUACAAGUUCUACCACAUCCGGUGCCUGAGGACGAGCCAGAUCGCGUUCGGGAAGCAGAACAAUCUGGAUUGCUGGUACUGUCCCUCCUGCCUCUGCCGAGGCUGCUUCAAGAACAAGGAUGAUGAGGAGAUCGCCCUGUGUGACGGCUGCGACGAGGCCUACCACAUAUACUGCAUGACCCCGAAGCGCACCUGCGUCCCCAAGGGCCACUGGUACUGCCCGCAGUGCAGCGUGCGGAGGGCGAGGGAAGGGCUGCAGAAGUACGAGAAGUCAGUCCUGAAGAAACAUAAGAGCUUAGCUGAGCGUGCCAGCCAGUCGGACGCUUAGCUAGUUGAUGAUGAUUGGCCAAGAGCUAGAGAAGUAAUAAGCAGAAAUAUUGUUUCGCAAGAUUUUUGCUUGGCCAAAAGCACGAUUCUUUGGCCCUCUUUGGAGGGCUAUAUAUUAUACACUGGCUUGAAUAGUUGAACCAGCCAGUCGGUUGUGCAGUUGACAAUUUUACAGGGAGAAGUCUUGCCUGUUUAUGUAGGCUGUACUGCUUAAAACAUCAGUUUGAUUUAUUGUUUUCCCACUGUGAGAAGGAACACUAGCGUUGCUGCCCCCUUGUAACUUCUGUAAGGAACGAAUGAUGCCCUUGUCUAUCUUAUUGUUACUGUUGCAUAAUAUCAAUCUUUGUUCCAGGUGUGGUUUGGAAGAGAA